AUGCCAGGGGGCAAGGAGCUGAGCGGUCCCGCCCAGGGCAGUGGGGCCCAGUCACCCACCCCUCUGGUCCCAGCCCCAUCUGCCAGCACCUUGUGGGCUGACCUCCAGGCGCUGCUGCCCCGCACCAGGGAGGGCUUGCAGCUGGACUUCGGCGAGGCCGUGGAGAGCAGCGUCGUCCUCUUGCUCCAGCAGACGGCGGAUCUACUCUACGGGGAGGGUGGCAGCCUCAACUCCUGCCUGCGCCUGAGCGAGAUCGUCCUGGACUACUCUUGGGAAAAGCUGAACAUUGGGAAAUGGAGGGACGUGGACAAGGAGUGGCGCCGGGUCUACGCUUACGGCUGCCUCUUCAAAGCCCUCUGCCUGUGCCAUGACGGAGGGGCUGUGGCCGAGGCCGUGCGUACCUGCGACCUGGGGCUGCUGAUGGGGGCCUCCAUCUUGGACAACGUCUUGGCCAGGGUGAUCGGCGUCCUUCAGCCACACCUGCCACGCCCCAAAAGACCCAUGGCUGGAGAUGUAAAGGAGCCCCUUCCAAAGAAAAUCCGGCCAGGCUCAGAGGACGUCCCGGCUAUAAAAGCGCCAGAGAGGAUUGUGCGGCUUCGCUGCCCGUCGCUGGAAUACUUCCGAGAUAAUUUCCUCCUCCCUCAAAAGCCUGUGAUCUUGGAAGGGGUUGUCGACCACUGGCCUUGCAUGAAGAAGUGGAGCGUGGAAUACAUCCGCCGAGUGGCCGGCAGCCGCACCGUCCCCGUGGAAGUCGGCUCCCGCUACACAGACGAGGAGUGGUCCCAGACCCUCAUGUCUGUUGAUGACUUCAUCAGCCAAUACAUCGAGAAUGAGAAUCACACUGGGUACCUGGCCCAGCACCAACUCUUUGACCAGAUCCCAGAGCUGAAGCAGGAUAUCGGCAUCCCUGACUACUGCUGCCUGGGCAAAGGCGAGGAAGACGACAUUACCGUCAACGCCUGGUUUGGGCCAGCAGGGACCAUUUCGCCCCUCCACCAGGACCCGCAGCAGAAUUUCUUGGUCCAGGUCCUGGGCCGGAAAUACUUGCACCUCUAUUCUCCCGCCCAGUCAGAAAAGCUGUACCCCCACGAGGGCCACCUUCUCCACAACACUAGCCAGGUGGACGUGGAAGAACCCGACUUGGCGAGCUUCCCCCAGUUUGAGACGGCUGAGGCUCAGACCUGCAUCCUGAGCCCUGGCCAGGUCCUGUUUAUCCCGGUUCAGUACUGGCACUACGUGAGGGCCCUCGACACUAGCUUCUCUGUCAGCUUCUGGUGGUCGUAG